GCUAGCUUCUCAUCAUUAAAAGCCAUAUAUGUGACAAUGAUCUGGUCAGUGUUUGAUUAUGGGAGUGUGGUUUAUGGUUCAGCCUCAAAAAGUCUGCUAGAGAGACUGAAUAAAAUUCAGGCUCAAGCUCUGAGGCAGUGUUGUGGAGCAGUAAGAACAACCCCCAUCCCAGCCCUGCAAGUUCUGGGGAAAGAGAUGCCAUUGGACAUUAGGAGAAAGCAGUUGAACAACUGGGCUAGCCUCAAGGGGCACCAAGAGCAACAACCCACAAAAGUGGUAAUGCAGGAGUGCUGGGAACGAGGCAGAGGACAAAAGGCUAGCUUCGGGUGGGUGGGCAACCAGUAUGCAGAGGAUAUGGGGGUGGAAAAUUUCUACGCGAGCCCAAUAGUGGUAACUCCUGAAGUUGAACCAUGGAAGCUUAUUACACCACAAGUAGACUUGUACCUCUUGGACGUCAGGAAGACAGAGAAAGGGAAGAUAGACUUGGUGUCAGCUUUCUUAGCUCAUGUUAGCCAGCAUUACCCUCAGUACACUCAGAUAUAUACAGAUGGGUCUAAAGAUCCAGAGCAGCAAACAACAGGGGGUGCUUUCUCUGUUCCAUGCAGAAAGGUUCAUGUGUGCUGAGCAGCCUGACAUCCUUCAUAUCCAGCAGUCAAGAUAUCCUGUUCCAGAUUUUACAAGUACACGCCAGAGUCAUACAGCAAGAGAAUUGGGAUUAUUGAGGCAGCGGAGUCAGUCCUCUAAUGGGUCAAAGAAAUCCUUGUUAUCAAAUCAAAUAUUUUCAUACCUGAUUGUGAUUGAUUUUGAGUCCACUUGCUGGAGAGAGAAAAAUAACUACGGCCAGGAAAUUAUUGAGUUUCCUGCUGUUCUUCUGAACACGUCCACAGGAGAGGUCGAGUCCGAGUUUCAUACUUAUGUUCAACCCCAAGAGCACCCAAUGCUGUCUGAGUUCUGCACAGAGCUGACUGGGAUCACACAGAUGCAAGUUGAGGCAGGGAUCCCCCUUCAAAUCUGUCUUUCUCGGUUCAGCCGCUGGCUGCAAAACCUGCAGCUCGAGAAGGGUGUGGUCUUUCCCAACAGACAGCAGAGAUCCUCUGCACCUUCACCCUCUCAAAAACUGUGUACUUUCCUCACAUGGUCAGACUGGGAUCUUGGAGUUUGUUUGCAGUACGAAUGUAAACGCAAGCAGCUCCACAAACCUGAUGUGCUCAACAGCUGGAUAGACCUGAGAAGCACCUACAGGUUGUUUUAUGAUCGGAAACCCAAAGGCCUCAACGGGGCGCUGCAAGAUCUGGGAAUACAGUUUUCAGGAAGAGAACAUUCUGGUUUGGAUGACUCCCGUAAUACAGCUCAUUUGGCAGCGAGGAUGAUGAGGGAUGGGUGUGUGAUGAAGAUCACUAGGAGCCUGGAGAGGACCCCAUCAAUGGUCAGACCCAUGUUUGGAAACACAACGACAGAAAGCAAAAAAGAAAAACCCAUCAACAAUAAAGAGGAAAACACAUUAAAUAAACCAUCAUCUAAGACUCCUCCUGAAUCAUGUCAGAUAAAAUCAUUUGCAGAGGACAUUAAGAGGGAUUUAGACACAAAGGAAAACUCAAGUUCUGUUCAAAGCCUGAUCGCACCAAAGACACUGCUGAAUGGUGCAACUACACCACUCUGGGGACGCAGCAGGUCAGUCACAGCAGUAACCGCUAAUAUUUCCACUUCAGUUAUGAUGAAUGGUCCCUCACCUCCCAAUAACAACAACAACAACAACAACAACAGCAGUCUUGUUCUGUUUUCUACUACUGUGGACUGCAUUUCAAACCUGCCUCGACCCAACCACCCCCCAGGAGCUGCAGUAGGAUGUGUGGAAGAAGAAGAAGGAGUGGAAAUCUUUGUGGAAACAGAGGACAGGUGUGGUUCAUAUGAUGACGUGGUGUUAGAGGAUGACGAUGAUGUCAUCAGUGAAACACUGGGAGAAUUUAAAGUUGAUUAUGUAUCAGAUUUUGACAGUGGAUGUCAUGUGUGGGAACAGCCUGAUGAUACACACUCACCAGGCGAUCAGGUCACAUUAAGGGAAAAUAUAAGAGGAAAAGUGAGCGUUGAAAACAACUUUAAAACUCCUAAGAUAAUCAGUGAAUCAUCAGUGACGUCUCUACUUACAAAGAAGAUGACGUCCAAUGUUAAUGUGUCUAAUCAGUUAAAUAAAAUCAGGCAGAAUUCAGCAAUCUCAGAGCCUAAUGCUUAUUUUGCUGUGCCUAAAACUUUGACUCGGGAACCCAAAUCAAAUCAGCAUAAAACAGCUCCACAAGAACACAAGAAGUCCUAUGGGCCACAUAAAAACUCUCAAUUAAUCACACCCUUUCUACUCAGGCACAAGCCCUUCAUCCCAGAAAAGACCUCCACCCCUUAUACCUCAUUUGCCAGGCCCAAAGCAGUUGUCACACAACACACAAAUCAUAAAGAGACUCCAAAAUCUCCCUUUACCAUCUACACCGACCCAGCAAAACCUUCCCGUCCCUCAUCAUGUGGCUCUUUUAGCACCUCCAGGAAUGUCCUCUCCUCUCUGUCGACCAACACACUCUUCUCAUGCACAAAUCGAUCUUCCGUUUCCGUGACAAUGAAAAGAGGGCAGAGGAUCACAUCCCCACUGUGUGCGUGUGGCCGUCGUGCAAAGCGUCAGGUUGUAUCCAACGGAGGGCCGAACCAAGGGCGAGGGUUUUACUGCUGUCCAGUCCGCCGGUCAGGCAGCGGAGGCAGGAUCCAGAAGGGAUGUGAGUUCUUUAAGUGGGAGUCAGCUCUGAUGAAGAACAGUCCAGUAUCGUCUCCUGCUGUCGGCUCCUCUGUCUCACUCUGUCAGAUCAACUCGACUCUGAGCUGUCGGCCGCCCCAGAGGUCAACGCUGAGAAAGAGCUGUUAACUUGGAGAAUAAAGCUGAGAGUGUGUGUUCUGUCUCAGGCACAUAGACUUUGUAAUGUUACCAAUGCACUGUUAAACAGUUGCCACAAAGAUACCUCAAUAAUUAUGUUUUAUUUGUUAAUUUGUUUCUGCCAUACACACAACCACUCAGAAGAUCUCCUUUUAUGAACUUCAUACAGCCACACAAAUCAAAGCUGUAAUUUUUAUUGACAUAGUAAAUGCUCCAUUAAUUUAAUGACACCAGGUUGGACAUUUAAUUGGCUAUCAAAUAAAUUAGCUCACCUCAUCCUUCUGUGUGGAGUUUGUAUUUUCGACCCCGGUUUGCUCAGGGCUCUCAGGCUUCCUCCCACAAUACUUCAUCAUUAUGCUGUGAAUACUUUUGAAUGUUUGGCUGUUUGUGAAACUUUGUCAUACUUUUAAGGACGUGAAAGUGCUCAUGAAAAAUGCCAACUGACAAAUGAAAUUAGUUGAUAUGAUGGUAUAUAGUGAUGUGAAUUUUACUGAAAAAAUAACCAACCAAUAAUGAAUACUGAUUAAAAAAAAACCUUUAUUUCUAUGUAUUGUACAGUAAUUAUACUAUUUUGGAAAUGUGCAAUGGAGAUCAAAUAAAAUGUUAACAUAAUGAAUGAUUCUCUUAAUCCUGACUUUAUUUCAUUUAUUAAUCUUUUAAUUCUGCUCUCAGUUUUGGCUAGACGGUUGAUUUUAUUAAUAAUGGAAGAUGGCGCAAAAAAUAUUACAAGUACAAGCUCUGCAUGGCAUCAAAAUAUACUCAAAGCACCAAUAGUUAAAGUACUCAUGGUGGGUGCAGAAUAUGGCCCAUUUCAGAAUAAUAUAUUUUACUGGAUUAAUCACUUGGAUGUUGCAGCUGGUGAAGGUCGAACUAAUUUUAAUGACUUUAUUAUCUAUUUACUACUAUUAGGUACCCUGAUCUAUAAUAAUACAUAAUUUAUGAUUUUAUUUUUAUUUUUGUAUUAAUAAUAUAAAUCUACAAAGUAACUAAAGCUGUCAUAUAAAUGUAUUGGAGUAUAAAGAGGCAAAAAAAAUCUAAGUACAUGACUAGAGUAAAUGUACUUGGCAUCAUCCCACCACCAGUUUUUAUAAAUUAACACAGUCCCAAUCCAUAUUUUGAACAUGUGCAUUUGUCCCUGCCAAUAGAACAUGAACUUUUUUUUAACCUAACCAGAAAAACCUCUUGAGAUUAAAAAAAAAUCCCUUUUUCAAGAGUGUCCUGGCAGCAACAUAAAGUUACAGACAGACAACAUAGAACAAAUAUACAGAAUAAAAAUGUCAAGCUCUAAAACAAGCAAAAUAAACC